CGAGGAUGCAUACAAACAUAAAGCAAUACUUACUGCCGCAGUGGAACUUUCAUAGACAAACAAAGUGUUUCAUUUAGUACUAGAAAAAGGAAAUUAGUGCAACCGGCUUCAAGAUAAGGCGUCAUGAGACCCGUCGUGCUUUAUCUGAUGUUGUGCUUGACUGUCUUGGUGCCCAUACAGGGAUCACGGCUGGGGAAACUAGAAGAUGUUGUAAAAAGUCUUAGGAGCUUCAUAUACAGCGAGUUAUCUUCAAUACGGCAUGAGGUCAAAGAAAUCUCCAACAGAGUGGACAUUUUGGAAAACACCACGGUUACGCACGACCCAAGCAGUUCAUACCAAGAUAUUGACAUUACCUCUAACAACCUUGUUAAUGAAACUAGAGAAAGUGUCAAUCAACUUUUACGUGAUAAAACUAACGAAGCAAGUCAUGUUGUAAAAGCAGAGAUUCAAAAUAUGCGCAAGGCUUACUCAAAUGACAAAAAGGACCUACACAUACUGAAGCAAGAUGUUCAAUACCAACUGAGAGAGCUUGAACAAAAGAUAACUACCCAUAUGUAUAACCUGACUGCAGACGUGCAACAUAAUAUCGAGUACAUUCAUGAAAAUAUAUCGCUGGCUAACAUUGCUUUGUCCGAGUUCAUCAACGGGUCUACUACAAACGUUAGCAUUUUUUCGGACAAUAUAAAAAUGGAAAUAAAAGAGGUCUUUGCGAGCAAAAUUGAACAUUUUACCUUAAAAUUUAAUGAAACUGAAGCGCAAAUGAAAAUAAAUGUAUCGUCUACUCUUCGUCAAAAUGAGGCUAAACUGGAAAGAUUCGUGACGCUUGCGGAUCGAAAUGUUAGUGAAAUAAUGCUUAAAUCUGAAAAGAUUUUCAGUUUUGUUCGUACUAACUUUUCGGAAAUGCCGAUUCAAAUUACCAAUUUAACUUUUGAACUGCAAACAAACAAAAAUGAAAUAAGAGAUGUAGAGAAAAGGCUGUGGAAUAUACUUGAGUCAACUUCAAGUCAUUUAAGGAAAGACAUUGAUUUUCUAAAAGACUUACAUUAUUAUUAUUACCCAAGCACAAAAGACAUCCGUCUGGCCAACGCGUCUUCAUAUGGCUCCAACGGCGUCCAGGGGCGGCUUGAGGUUCGUCACGAUAAUAUAUGGGGCACGGUCUGUGAUUAUAGCUUUCAAAACGUAGGCGAACGUUACAUUACUAAUAACGUUAACGUGGUAUGUAGGAUGUUCGGGUUCCAGGAAUGUGACUAUGUGGAAAAAGCGGGUCUGGGUGAGGGCAGUGGGGACAUCUUGAUGGACAUUGUGUUAUGUCUUGGCGGUGAAAGUAGCAUCCUGGAAUGUUCUCACGCUGGACGGGAUGUUAAUUUCUGUCACCAUAGUGAAGACGUAGGAUUCCGUAUGUGGAAUUAACAUAGAGCUAACAUAAUAUAACGAUCUAAGUGAUAGGAUUUAUAUUUGAACAUUAACUGUGUUGUUUGGUUCUGGAGAUUUAGUGGCAAUAGGUCAUGAGUUUAUGUUGUUUAAUAUCUUGUUUUGUUGGUAACGACGGUGGUUAAAUAAAUCUGAAAGAAGAUGUGUGUGACUAAUGACCAUGGUGGAUUAAAUGGCCAAUUAAAAGAUGAUCAUAGACAUUUUGCGGAGCACGCCAAACAACCUUACUUCUUGGUAUAUAUACAACUGAAGAAUGUUUACUCUAAUAAUAUAACUUACUAUUUGGUCCAUAGUAACAUAAAAGGAUGGAUCCAUUAGGAUAAAACAAUCUCAAAUGUUUCAAGUGAAUGUCUAAUCGCUUGUACAACAUUUGAGAAUACAACGCCAAAAACAGUGCAGAUAAAAAGUCAAGUUGCAUCAGUAUGUUGGAUAACAAGACGUCCGUCAUUAGAAAUAAUUCGUGGACUUGAUGCAUAUCAACUGUAAUCAACAGCCGUGAACAAUGUAACUAAAUUGUAAUGUUUUUAUGUAAGCAAUUUUGCAAGUUUAAAAAAAAAUUAUUAGACACGUUUUUACACUAUAUAUCAAUUUGAAAGGUACGCACAUAUAUAUUAUAUGUAAUUAGCAAAAGAGUGUAAUUUGCAUCUUAUAAAUAACUCACAUGUUUGUAUAAAGCAUUGUUAAACAUAUGUAUCUGCCUUGAUAUCGCGCUUUGUAUGUUUGCAUAUUGCGUGUUCUGCUUUUAAAAACAGCCUCGGCAUAAUGUUUUCCUUUAAUCUGAUCCUCAUGCCUGCAAGUUAUAACCAACUUACUAGUUUGAAUAUAUUGAAACUUCACUUAUUUAGAAAUAUUGAUCUGUUAAACAAACAAGGGGAGCACACUUGAAAUGCAAUGAAUUCUUAACGUUGGUACAUGACGCUUCAAAGGCACCAACUCUGAUAAAGGGUCCAACACGUGUGAACUGUUUUUGAAGGAUAUCAUAUAUUUAUAUAACAUCAAAAUAAAAGAGAUAAGACACAUAUACAGACAAAAAGCCAAUAAAAAUCACAUGACUCUUCGACAUACCCCCCCCCCCCUCAGAGAGAAUGUCAUUGGCGCACGCUACUUGCGUAACUGUAAACCUUUCGCCUAACUCGGUUGAGUCAAAAUCAAUGUCAACAUCAUCAUCAAAUGCUCUUGAAUUACCGAACCGGGUCGCAAUAAAUUUCAAUGUAGUGUUUUCACAGGACCCCUACAAAAUCCCUUCCUAACCCGGGAAAUGAGAGUGUCAUUAUUAGGCUGAUUACGUUUAUUAAUUUAAAUGCAUGCACUGUCCAUCUUUUCUAAAGCCGGAAUACGCAAAACGUACCUUAUACUUAUCAAUAUAAUUAUUUUAAUACAAUCAAUUUGAGGUUUAAUCAUUUUUUUUUGAAAUACUAUGAAAGUUGUAGGUUAAUUCUGCCUUCAUGGUCAUUAUUGGAAACAUAUGUUAAUACUGUCGACUUUUCAAGAAUUAAAUAUACAUUUUAAGAUCUAAAAUGCUUGCUGAGACUUGAUUCAGUCGUUUGCAGGUGAUGCUUGUUUCCGGUCGUUUAGGACAUUUUUUUAUUAGUUUAUGUUAUUAUUUUAUUUUAUUAUUUUUUCACUGACCGUUCAAAGGUGGUUAUCCCAUAUAACGGUAAAACUAAUUUGAUAAGUUUAUGAUCUGUAUGGUGUUUGUAUUUGUGUUUUUGUUUUUGUAUGUCUUUGUGUCUAGCUCAGUGCUUUUUGGAACCUUGUAUAAUGCAGGAUUUGUUUUACUAUUUGGCUUGUUUCGGUAGUUUUCGUUGUGUUAUUGAACAGUCUUAACAUGCUGUUUUUCUGUAUAAUGUUUUAUAUGUGUGUCUGUCGUUUGCAUUUAUUUCUCAUUAAAUAAAUAUAAGCAAGUUUAGAACUAUUGUCCUUAUUUUAACUCAAUAAUGUCUAAAUGAUUUUUGUUAUGCCUGAUAUUGUAAAAUGUUACAAGAGAGUCCCUUAUUGG